AUGAGGGUGUGUUCUCCAAGUCAAACGAAGGUAACCAGCUAUGCGUCACUCACGUCAACAUUAGCUCCCGGUGGAAGUGCGCCCACAAUUGCCAGACGCCAGUCCGAGGAAACCAACACCAACAAGUCGUCCUGUUACAAACCGAAACUACUACUUCCACGAACACCAACAGUGCAAUCCCUGAAAUCCGAUGAGGCAGCUUGCAAAGCACAUGCGGAUUAUUUCCAGCGGCAUUUGCUUCGACCUGCUGUUCCCGGUCUGCCCAACGCUCACAUUCGAGCUGCGUCCGCCGAGACCAGCCACCGAUUUCGUUCGUGGACGCCGAACAACAGUCCGCGCAC